UUUCAAGUGUGUACACUUAGUUUUCAUUAACAUCCACAGUAACAUCUAUUAUUUGGAUAGUUAUUGUUUGAUUUGAAGUGUCGCAUUUAGUUGAUGAAGGAGCUACUGUUCUUAUUUGUUGUAGGUUCAGACUUGCAGCAUAAUCGAUCAUUCCGACCAGUGGGAGGUUUGAACAGAAAAGUUGCUUGCGAGUUGGAUGUAAAACCUUUCACGGAUGUUCAACUACGGAAGUUGGGUCAGCAUAAAAAAGAUUUUUUGUGGCUAGGCUCUCCAUGGAUGUGUGGGAAAAGGCGGAGACAUUACCAAUCAUUUCAUCGUAAUGGUGUUAAAAUUUCUGUUCAUAACUUUGUUUAUGUUUUGGCUGAAGAAGAUAAACAACUUGUUGCUUACUUGGAUGAUAUGUAUGAAGACUCCAGAGGCAACAAGAUGGUUGUAGUACAAUGGUUGCACAAAAUUGAUGAGGUUGGUAUUGCUUUGCCUCACAAUUACAUUGACCGAGAGAUUUUCUUUUCUCUAUGUCUUCAAGAUCUCAGUGUUGAAUGCAUAGAUGGAUUGGCAACUGUUCUCAGUCCCCAGCAUUAUGAGAAAUUUCUGAAUGUGGCAGCACAAAAUCAAUUGGAACCAUUCGUAUGCCACAAGCAGUGUGAUGUUGAUGAUAUCAAGCCGUUUGACAUAACUCAAGUUAAAGGUUACUGGAAUCAAGAAAUAUUUAAAUAUGUAUCAACAGCUUCCCUUUUAAAUUGUUGGCCUUCCACUGAUGGUCUGGAGGUGGAAAGGCAUCUGAGUGAUGCUGUUGGGAUCAGGCCUAAGAAGAGGCUUCGUAGGCUAAGAGACUGUGAACAUGACCCGGACUCUGCUAAGAAGCAGGAGACCAAGGAUGCGUGUUUGGAUGUACAAGACUUGAGAGUUGGGUUUGAAAUAGGCAGUUUGAAAGAACAAUGCUCUACUGCAUCUUUAUGUGGGAAAGAGGCAAUAAAACAGAAGCAUCCACAGUAUUUAACCAUAGGUUCUCAAGUUGAAGUGCUCUCUCAGGAUAGUGGCAUCAGAGGUUGCUGGUUCAGAGCACAGAUCAUCAAGAGGCACAAAGACAGGGUGAAAGUGAGAUAUCAAGAUAUUAAAGAUGCAGCUGAUGAAGCAAACAAUUUAGAGGAAUGGAUUUUGGAGUCCAGGGUUGCCGUUCCUGAUGAAUUUUGUCUCCGUGUUCAUGGGAGGACAACUGUUAGGCCGAGCCCACCAUCCAACAAAAGCAGAUUUUCAUGGGUUGUUGAAAUUGGAACUGUUGUGGAUGCAUGGUGGCAUGAUGGCUGGUGGGAAGGAAUUGUAGUUAAGAAAACAUCCAAGGAUAUGCUUCAUCUUUAUUUCCCAGGAGAAAAGCGGGAAUCAAUAUUCAGUUCGAAUGACUUAAGACGUUCUCAGGAAUGGUUGGGAAAUGGAUGGAGAAACAUAGAGAAAAGACCAGAGCUUGUGACCUUAAUAUUUUCUGGCCUUGAAUUAAAGCGAAGUAUGCCUAAAUUAUGUGAUGGCAAACUGGACCAAGGUGCAGUAUGCAGUAAUAGAGUUCAGAAAGAUUGCUUACCAGUAAAGGAUGACAGUAGAAGUAGCAAUAUUUUGGUGCAUUCUAGAGAGGACAAGGUAAAAGAAUUAGAAGUGGUCCGUGAUCUUUCGAAAGAUGUUUUGCUUUCACAGUUGAGGUGGAAGUCAUCAAGAAAGAGAGGCCGUGGUAGGAAUUCUGCCCAGAAAGUGCUUUACAGCGUUAGUGAGAAUAAAAGCAGCCCAGAAGCUCAGAGAAUGCCAACCUGUGAAAAUUUUUUCAUUCCUUCAUCCCUGAAAACUGAUCAUGACAACUGCAAGUACAUUGAGAAUCCUAUGUUUAGCUCUUCAGUCGUACCUUCUCUAACAAGCUUAGUUAUGUCUAGGUAAUAGUUGUCCUCCACUAAAUUUGGCUUCCAAAGUCAUUUUUGGAACUUCUGAUCCAUUCUCCAUUGGGGAUACUAGUUGUUAUAGAGGGAUUAGGCUUUUAGAUUCAUGUUCAUCGACUCCUAGAUGUUCUUCAAUGCGGGCAAUGUUUAUUUAACUCCUUUUCCCUUUGUAUCUAUAGCUGACGAUAGCCCGGAGAGGCUACAAUGCCCUCCCAAGUAAUGAAUGGGCAGCUGUUUUGAGCGCAGUAGAACACCUUUGUUAGAGCUCUAAUGUCUUGUCCUGUACCUAUACUUAGAUUUCUCUCCCCCAUAGAUCUCGAGGAUUUAAUGUAUUCUGUACAGAAUGUUUCUGAU